GAGUGAGAGAGAGACGUGCGCGCUCCCGCUCGGUCGAGUUCACACGCCUUGCGCGCUCCCGCUCAGUCUCGGGUUCACACGCUCGCGUUGAGACGCAGCAGCCAAAAGGAGCUUCUUCUCCUCCUUCUUCUUCUCCUUCUUCUUUUUUUCUCACGGCGUUCAUUUUGGAAAGGCGGAUUUUCCCCCCGACGGUCAGAUUAAACCUACUUUAAAAAAAAAAAAAGAACCCCAGAUAAUAUAUAAAUAUAUAAAUAUAAAUAUAGAGGUGAAAACGCAUAUGUGCAUGAACAGGGAAGGGGACGCGCAGGAUGGUUCGGGAAACCAGACACCUCUGGGUGGGAAAUUUACCCGAACACGUUCGAGAAGAAAAAAUUGUCGAAUAUUUUAAACGGUAUGGACGUGUGGAGAGCGUUAAAGUUCUCCGUAAGCGAGGUUCGGAAGGCGGCGUGGCGGCUUUCGUGGAUUUCGUCGACAUCAAAAGCGCCCAGAAGGCUCACAACGCAGUCAACAAAAUGGGCGACAGAGACCUUCGCACUGAUUACAACGAGCCCGGCUCGGUGCCCAACUCCGUCCGGGGCCUGGACGACAACCCGCCGUCUAGCAGUCACACGAGGGACGUUGCGAGUUUCUCGAGAGCUGCUGUGGGUCCCGUUUAUGGACCCCCGGUGUCUCUUCACACCAGAGAGGGACGCUAUGAGCGCAGAAUAGACGGCAGUUCAGACAGUCGGGAUCGAGCAUACGAGCACAAUCCGUACGGACACCACGAACGCAGUGGCACUUUCGAUAGGCCGCGGCACUACAACACGGACUAUUACCGAGACCGCGCCAUUUUUGCGUCUGGAGUCGGGGCCAGCCCUGCAGUUAGCGCGAUUAGCGGGGGUUUCGACACCCCGGAAUCUCAUUUCGAGUCUCGAAUCCGUGAUCCCUUCACUUUGUCUGGUUCUGCACGGCGGGAUCCUUACCGCGACGACAGGGGGCGGCGCGUCGAUCGGACUUACCAUCAUCGCCGGAGUCGAUCUUCUCAUUCCUCGCAAUCGCGGCACCCUUCUCCGCAAAGGACCACGGGACAGACCCCCAAAGCCCCCCAUUCCCCCAAAAGAGCUCCUGUUUCUCCAGGCAGAGGUCCGCGUUCACGUUCCCGAAGCCGAUCUUCCAGCUCGGAUUCAGUCAGUAGCACCAGCAGUACCGGAAGCGGCAGUGACUCCAACAGCAGUUCUAGUGAGGGGUCUCGAGCGCGCUCGGUUCAGUCCGCAGCCACUCACCCGCCUCCGGCUCCUCCUCCACUUUCUCUGGACUGUGAUGAGCCACGUAGGAGUUUUGGCAUCAGGGUGCAGAACCUCCCUGUACGAUCCACAGACACGAGUCUGAAAGAUGGACUUUUCCACGAGUUUAAGAAGUACGGCAAGGUGACGUCAGUGCAGAUACACGGAGCCUCGGAGGAGCGGUACGGCUUGGUGUUCUUCAGACAGCAAGAAGACCAGGAGAAAGCCCUCAGCGUGUCCAAAGGAAAGCUUUUCUUUGGAAUGCUGAUCGAAGUGACUGCUUGGAACGGCCCUGAGACGGAAAGUGAGAACGAGUUCCGGCCGUUGGACGGACGGAUAGAUGAGUUUCACCCAAAGGCAACCAGAACCUUGUUUAUCGGAAAUCUGGAGAAAACGACUAACUACCAGCAGCUGCUUGAUGUUUUUCAGCGCUUUGGAGAGAUAGUGGAUAUCGAUAUUAAGAGGGUUAACGGUGUCCCUCAGUACGCCUUUGUGCAAUACUCCGACAUAGCUAGUGUGUGUAAAGCUAUUAAGAAAAUGGACGGAGAAUACCUAGGCGCCAACCGACUCAAGCUUGGUUUUGGGAAGAGUAUGCCUACGACCUGCGUGUGGUUAGAUGGUCUGUCCUCUAACAUCACAGAGCAGUACCUUACACGACACUUCUGUCGCUAUGGACAUGUAGUGAAGGUUGUGUUUGACAGAUUGAAAGGGAUGGCCCUGAUUCUAUACAACAACACAGAUUUUGCGCAAGCUGCUGUGAGAGAGACCAAAGGAUGGAAGAUUGGCGGCAACAAAAUUAAGGUUGAUUUCGCCAGUCAGGAGAGCCAAGUGGCGUUCUAUCGCUCUAUGCAGGCGUCGGGGCAGGAUAUGCGUGACUUCUAUGAAAUACCCUCUGAAAGAAGGGACGACCGAAGACCUUCGUAUCAUGAAUUCUCAGCGGAGAGAGCGUACUAUGAGAAUGUUCGGGCACCGGGAAUCUAUGCCGACGAUCCACGGCGAGACUAUCCCGCUCGCAGCCGCGAGCGCUAUCCGGAACUAGACCAUUACCAAGGUGACCACUACGACCCACGCUAUCAUGAAGAUCCUCGUGAAUACAGAGAUUACCGUGACCCCUUUGAACAGGAUAUCAGAAAGUAUAGCUACAUCCAGCGGGAACGUGAGCGGGAACGUGAACGUUUUGAGGCCGACCGCAACAGAUGGAGCCCGUCCCAUCCGCGCCGACCCAUAACCCCUUCCGCCUCUCCUUCGCCAUCUGACCGCGUCUCGAGGGAAGCAGAGCGACGCGUGUACAGGCACUCGUCUGAGAGAAGUGGAAGCUGCAGCUCCUUAUCGCCUACUCCUCAGUUUGAAAAGUCUGAAAAGUCUCCAGUGGAUUAUAAAACGGAGAAUCUGGACAGAGAAAUGGAGCAGGCCGAGGCUGAUCGCGCAAGUGGGACAGAAAAGAGCAAGCGCGGCAGGCGCAAGGAAAAAGCAGACCGAGAGAAGGGCGAGAAAACAAAAUCAAGAAGGGGGAAAGUGCAGUCUCCUAGCGUACCUUAUUCUGAAGCGGACAGGGAGCCCAGCCUGGAUUCGAAUUCUGGAAAAAUGAAAGGUUCAGAUGUGGAGAGCUCAGAGAGGCAGAGGCACAAAGCUGAGGGCGAACCCUCCCCUUCUGAUCCGCUGUCUCGUCUCGAGUCGCAAAAAGAAAGGGUCGACGGUGCUAAAAUCGAUUCAGCGGAUCGGGAUAACAAAGGGAGAUCAAAGAAACACCUCAAAUCAGAACUUGGAAACGAAGGGAAAGAUUCCCUUUUGGAUUCCGACAGGCUUGCGGCACGAAAAAGGCGCUUUGGCGAUCCCAGCGGGAAAGCCGUAAAACAGAAGAGAGGUCGCGUUGAGGAUGAGCAGAGCGCAGGGGUUAAUCAGCCUGCAGAUUUCGGGGCGUCUUAUUCAAAGGAAGGAGAAAGCGAUGUGAAAACGUUAGAAAAAGAGGCACAGAAGAGAGAACAUUCUAAGUCUAAAUCGGAGAGGAUGGCGUCUCAUUUUAGGGACGAAUUAGAUCAACGAGCCGAAUCCCAAAACUCAUCUGGACGGCAAGAAGAGCAUUCCGAGACUAACGCGGAGUCUGUAGACUCAAAAUCUCAGUCCGGACCAAGCGCGCCAAGGCGGUUCUCCAACGACGGAACCCCGGAGAAAGAUAACAAAGGCAGGGAAGAGUAUUUGGAUAUAGAUCUUUCUCAGAGUUAUCGAAAGCAAAUGGAGCAGAAUCGUAAACUUCGCCAGCAGCUCCAAGAGCCUGACAAAACAGGAAAACCAGAAACUCCUCAGUGCGUAGACACGGAAGAUUUAGAACACCGUAGCUUGGUGCACGAGGUAGGCAAGCCACCGCAGGAUGUCACUGAUAACUCUCCACCGAGUAAAAGCAAGAAACAAGAUCACUUGGACGUGGAGGUUGGUACCAAAAGGGAACGGGUAUACCGAAUUUUCCGGCCAAAGAGUGAAGAGUCAGAGUGGAGCACAAACUCGCCCAGAUUUAAUGCCUCUCAACCUGGAGAGGAAGAAUAUACAGAUGUUCCCCAACUAAUUACUGUGAAAGAAGUAAAAGAACAACCUAAACAGGAAGACAGUUCUCACCAGGACAUGGAGCUGACGGUUAAACGUGUCCAUACCUCGCAGGUGUCCAAGCUGAGCACGUCCCUACACGAUGAGCAGAGACGUUGGGAAAGUCGCCUGAAGCAGGACUUGUUGCCUGACUUUUCAAGGACCUCAGAAAAAAGACGCCUCAAUCGAUCGUAUUUGGAAUAUAGACUUUGGCCCGAUUUAGAGCCCGGUGAGGUACGCUCUGACUCUGAAGAAGACAGAGAACACAAACCGAACUCUCCCAUGCCCUCAACCUCAAUGUCCUUCCCCGAACGGCACCGUGGAGACAGAUUACCGGAAUCCAAACUAACCGGCUCGCUGGAAAGGAACAAGUUUUGUUCGUUUGCGCUUGACCAGACAAUUACACCAGACACUAAAGCGUUGCUGGAGCGCGCAAAGUCGUUAUCCUCUUCGAGGGAAGACAACUGGUCUUUUCUGGACAGCGAUUCUCAUUUCGCCAGUUUCAGAAGCAGAAAAGAUACAGAAAAGGUAGAAUCAACACCCCGGCCAACUCCCUCGUGGUACAUGAAGAAGAAGAAAAUACGAAGCGAGUCCGAGGAUAAACUAGAUGACCGAAAGGAAGAUCCUAAACCGGAAGAACAAGAACGACGAGAGCUCUUUGCCUCUCGGUUUCUUCACAGUUCUAUCUUCGAGCAAGACUCGAGGCGCCUCCAGCAUCUUGAAAGAAAGCAUGAAGACCCUGAACAUGGUAUGGGCUUUCCAGCUAACCAGCAAGGCCAAAUUGAAGGGCAGCCUGAUUCUGAACCAGUGGUCCUCUUCCAUGAUCGCUUUUUAGAGUUGACGAGACUGCAGCAACAGAAGGGGAAAGAGCAGUCUCAGCAAGAAUCCAAGAAAGAGGAAGGUGUUGAUGCACAAGUCAGUGAUAAGACACAGGAGGAAGAGCAGCGCACUGCUGUUGAACCAGCCGAGAUGAAACCAGCCGAGAUUAAACCAGUCAGCCCUGUACAAGCCCCUCAGUCAAGCCCUGUGCAAACCAUACAACCCCUUCCUGCUCAAGAAACUCAGAAAUCACCACCAGUUGUCAUAACAGCUAAGGAGACGUCACCACAGCGGGAAGUUUGUAACGUAGAAGCAUCUUCGCCUAAACAACUCAGUCUUUCAGUGAAAGAAGAAGAAAAACAGCCCGAACAGCCAUUAGUCUCCCCCACAAAUCCGUCGCCUCAAGACCCCCUUGAGGUAAAUAGAUGUGAAUCGCAGGACUCAAAGCCUUUAGUGAAUGAAAUUAAAACAAGUCCUAAUAAAGAGUUGGAACUGACCAGUGACAGAGAUGUUGAGCAGUGCUCCAGUAGCGAGACGCAGACCACUGAGACUCAAGUUAGCUAUGAACCAAAAUCUGAGCCACAAACUGAGCUCCCUGAAUUACAGAAUCCUCCCUCUCCCAUGAUUGUAGAUGAAGAUAAAGGAAGAUUAGAGAAACCGGAGCCCGUAGCUAUGGAAGUUGAACCUCCUGCCAAAGAAACCGAGUCGAAAGGUAUGGAUAGUUAUACAGUGGAGGAACCGAUCUCUCCUCCUCCAAGGUCCAGAAACAAGAAGAGCAAGACCUCGCCUACAACACCAGUAGCCCCUUUGACCCCAUCAAACACACCAGAUAAACAAAGUACUCGUAAAAGUGAACGCAUUGAUAGAGAAAAGCUUAAACGCUCGUCUUCUCCAAGAGUGGAGUCAUCUAAAGCAACUUCGGAUGCCAAGUCGACUGGCAAGUCACCCAUCCAUAGCCCUGAGACUGAACAAAGCGUAGAACAAAACAUUCCCCCUGUGAGAGCGAGGCGUAGAAAUGUACGUUCUGUGUAUGCCACCCCAGUAGAAGAUGAAUCUACACCACAAACUGGAAAGGAUGUGGAGUCGCCGCGUGGGGCACGCAAGCGAGGUGCAGACAAAGACGCUGGGCAACAGCAACCAGAACCGGAGAGCCUCCCCGUAAUGACAACUGCACGGCGGGGGCGUCCGCCUAAGAAUCGGCGCCAAGGAGAGGAUUUUUCGGCUGGGAAGAACGAGCGGUCAAAAUUACCUGAGGCUAAGGACUUUGAGAUCAAUGAACCUGGAAACAAUGAAACUGUCACCAAAGUAGGCAAAGGCAGACAUUCCCCCUACUUAAACAAAGCUGCAAAUCAAGGUACCGGAUCUGGACUAGCGAAAAAAGGAGAAAAAAUGGAUAAGGCGUCUGAUACUGUAAGUCCUGCUGAGAUGGACGUGAAUUCCCAGGACAGCAGUGGCCAGCAUGACGGUGGUCCUUCAGCGACAAAUGAGCCAAAGGAGGAGCAUAAACCACAAAGCAUUUCAGAAACAAAACAAGAGAAAGACAGAAUUACUCAGGCAGAAAACGCAAGUCAAGAUAAACUCGGUGAAUCUGUUCAGGAGCAGUCACUUUUGGACAAAAGUGUGAGAACAAAAACUACUAGAAUAACUUGUAGUCCAAAGAUAAUGUCAGAGGAUAAAUCUCUUGUUCUCAAAAAUCUCAGAAUCAGGCUUGAUGUAACGGAAGUAAAGGCGAUGCUGCAAACUGGCGAGGACGAUUCGGGGCAUGACGACAGUCCUAAAAAUGUUGUGCCAGAUACGUCGCCCAAAGAGCAAGUCAUAGAUCCUAGAUUAGAAAAGGAGAUCAUAGAGGAAGAUGGUAAUACUAAAGAGUCUGUAACAACACCCCCAAAGGUCAAGGAUCCCCAUGAGGCAUUGUUAUCCCGCCAGAUGGAGCUCGAACAAGCUGUGGAGAACAUUGCCAAGCUCACAGAAGACCCGGCUCCUCUUCAGUUCAAGAACUCGACCGAAUCCCAAGCCCCUUUAUCUGAACUUGUAGAGGGACGCGAGGAAGACAAGCCUGCCAAUCCUGCUAGUGAGACGGAACUUGCCGCCGCUAUCGAUUCCAUCACAUCUGAAGACACGUCUUGCAGUUUGCCACAAGAUCAAGUCAUAAACACUGUCGUAGAUCCAGACCCAGAUAUUCAAACUCUAGUCCCAGAUGCCAAAGUUAUUGAAGGCAGCAACACGGCCACUGUCCAAAAGGACGCUUCAAACAUAGGGACACCAAGAAAAGGGAGUAAAGGAAGACCAAAAUCCCAGAAGAGAGUCAAAGGCCAAAAGGCUGCUGCAAGCAAAAAGGAAGUCAUCAAAGAGGUGGUGGUGGAACCUGAGAAUCUUUCGGUCAAGUCCUCGGAAUCCGUAUCCCCAGAAACACCGGCAGUCGCAGAAGUUCCACCCACAGCGGCUGCUGCUGCUGUAAUUGCCCCCUUAUCGAAGCAAGAUUGCAGUGUACCUGCUAAUAUCGUCCCUGAAGGCCCUAAAGUGAUUGAGAGUGCUCUUAAAGAGCAGCCUGACUUGUCAAAAUCAUCUAGUCCAGCAGCAAGCAAAAGCCCAACAUCAGUGAGGCCUCAGCUUAAUCCUUAUGAGUGUACAUCUCCCUCUCUUUCCCCCACAAGUAUUUGCCUCAAAUCUUCACAUCCAAGCAGAGUUUCCCUUUCCCCCACAGACCGAUUGAAUCAGCCAAAAGAGACGGCAGUAGUCUCCCCUUCAGCCACUCCCGCGCCUCCUUUAGAGAACCCGACAUUGCUGUCCGAUUCUUUUGCCCACGAUAGUAACACGAGCGAUCUGCGUAAAAUUCUCGCAAAACCAAGAGGUAUUCCGAUCUCGGAGGUCAGCGCUGCUUCUGGAAGCACGCAUACGAGGGAGAGCGAUGUCAAGAGUGCGCUGCAUGAAAACAGGCAAUCUUCUAUUCCAGCUCAGCCAGUAGUUCGGCAGCCAGCAUCGUUACCGUCCACAGAGACAAAGCAAGUCUUUAAUGAGAAAUCUGUGAUUUCCGUUAUUGCUUCCACUGCCACCUCGGUCAUCAGUCGAGUUUGCAACCCCCCUGAAUCUGAGGAGAAACCUGGUCUUCCACUGUCUAACCCAUUUGUGGAAAAGCAGCCGCCGAAACAGAUGUACCAGACCAGCAUGGAGGAAAGUAGCACUUAUCACGGACCACCCGUUGGAGAGGAGGGUGGGAACGCGGGUCGCUAUAUAGUGGAGAGCACAUCCCUGAGUACAGGUCCCACUACUGGUCUCAGGGUGAACACCUCUGAGGGCGUGGUAGUGCUGAGUCACUCGGGACAGAAGAUAGAGGGACGACAACGGAUCAGUGCCAAAAUCAGUCAAAUUCCACCUCCUAGUGCGGUGGACAUAGAAUCUCAGCAGCUGGUGACGAUGCCUCAGAUCAAACAGGAACAUUACAGUGGAGCCCAAAGAGAUGCGCCUAAGGGUUCAGUACCUCCAGCGGACCACGGCCAUUCUCUGAAGUCGCAGACAAAUGUUUCUAUUAAGCAUGAAUCUGGACCGGACAAAUUAGACCCGUACCCUCCGGUGCAAAGCGGGGUUGUGAAAAGAUUACAGCAGACACCUGGCCCGUCACAAGUAAUGGGUUUCCAUCACUCGGAAUACACAAUGCUGAUGAAGCAUCAAAAGAAAGGAGAAGGAAGCGAACCUCUUAAUGUGGAAAAUGUGAAAUCUCCCUGGGUGUCUACGAUAAGUCCCGCCAUAAGUCCUCACCUUCCCUCUACAGGUGGCAAUCAUGUUGGGUUCAUACCAGGCACGCCUACGGAUAGAGCCCCUUCGCAUAUUCAGACCAAACAGGAACCCCGCUCGCCACGGAAAUCCGGUCACCCCCAUUCUCCCUUUGCCAAAGUGUCUUCUCCUAUUGGCUCUUCAUCUCCUAAAGGCGUGUCUAUGGUCUUACCAACUGGUUUACCUGCCAUGUCUCAGUACGUCCCCAGCGUGCACCACUCUGAACAGUCAGUCAUCAUGCCUCCUCACAGUACGCACGGCAGUCUUGGCAGAAUGUCGCCUCACCGUGUGGGCCAGGCCAUUUCCAUGGGUCACCUGUCUCAGGGAGAUGUAAGAGUCAACACGCCUCCACUAUCGGUGAUGAACUACGGAAUUCACUCUGAAAACCUCACUUCGUCUUGGGCGCCUGGUCAGCAGCGCCCCACGUCUCCUCAGGCUGUCGGGAACAGAGAGAUGGUCCUCAAAGUCAACCCGGCCAGUGCAAGAGGUCACGAAGCAAGCGAGGAGGAGGCAGCAAGGCGCUUUCAUCAAGCGCUUGGCAGGACAACGGCGACUCAACUCAAACCGGAGUCGUUACCGCCAGAAUACCGUGGCGCACUUCACAGCGGACUGCCAAUGGAGCGGUUUAACAUGCAAACAAGAGACGUGCGGAUGCUGAUGUACCACACGCAGGGGGAGCGUCCGGCUGCCGAGCUGCACCAGGGGCAUAUAGCGGAGGCCGUCCCUCCCACCUCGACCCCGACCAGCAUUACAGCCUCGCUCUCUCCACGGGCACACCUCUUGCAGAAAGGUGUGUCCGACAAGGAUGCCCUGAAGCAGUCUGAAAUAAAGAGGGCCACGCCGCCCCCUGGGAAAGACGGAAUGCUGGGAAUCCGUGGUGCGAUGCCUCCCGUGCCCUCUCCUAAGCGAGUACAGCUGAUCACCUCAGGGACCGUGCCAUCCUUUUCGGAGUAUUCGAACAUGUACACCAACGUGCGACACUUGCACACGCAUAUUACCGAAAAUUCACCUGUGGGGAUCAGCCAACCUCCUCGCAACAUCACUCCAUCACAGGUUGCUCCAGAAUCUGAACACAGUCAGGCUCAGACUGAUAGUCAAGUGGAGCAUGUUGGACACCAGCAAAUCAACAUGGUACAGCUUCUCACGAGGUAUCCUAUCGUGUGGCAAGGCUUGCUGGCGUUGAAAAAUGAAACUGCUGCUGUCCAGUUGCAUUUUGUUUGUGGAAACAAGUCUCUUGGCCUGCGCUCGCUUCCCAUCCCGGAGACCGGACCUCCUCUGCGUAUCGUCCAGAGGAUGAGAUUAGAAACACAACAGCUUGAAGGAGUCGCUCGCAGAAUGACCGGUGAGAGUGAAUUCUGCCUCCUGCUCGCCAUGCCUUGCGGUCUGAAUCAGGAAGACGUCGUGACGCAGACACAAGUGCUCAAAUCAGCCUUCAUUAACUAUCUGAAGGCCAAACUGGCCGCAGGCAUCAUCAACGUCCCCAAUCCUGGCUCCAAUCAGCCUGCCUACGUGUUGCAGAUCUUCCCUCCGUGCGAGUUUUCAGAAUCUCACCUUUCACGGCUCGCUCCCGACCUCAUCAACCAGAUCUCCAGCAUUUCGCCUCACCUCAUGAUCGUCAUCACGUCGGUGUGAUCCUGCGGCGUCCUUUAAAACCUGGACUCGUUUAAACCUCGAUGUCACGGACACGUUUGCGCUCUCGGACUUGAUGGAGCUCAGGAGAAACCCGUGGUGUUUGGAAUCCUCCUACAUAUCAGUGUGUGCAGCACCACUCCACAUUAUCUCCCAUUUCACUUUUCUCUGCUGUAUGUGUAUUUAUUGGUGGUUUUUUUUUUUUUUUUUUUUUUUUUUUUUUUUUAAACUCAUGGAAAUUCUUUGGGAAAUCAGGAUGUUUUUCUUUCUUUCUUUCUCUUUUUUUUUUUUUUUUUUUUUUUGAAGAAUGAGACAAAAGAUGAGUGACGCAAAUUGGACGCUUUUUUUUUUUAUUAUUAUUUCUUCGCUGAUUCAGAUUUUUUUUUUUUUUUUUUUUUUUUUUUAAAAAGAUGGAGAAUACAAACCGUUGUGUAACAGACUAAUGUAUUUUUUAAAUAAUCCUGCACGCCAUUUAUCGGUCAGGAGAAAUAACGUUGUACAUUUCAGAGGAUCGACUCAUCAUCCUUGCUUUGUCACUUUUUGUCACUCACUUUGCUAAUCCACGUUAGCGUAGGCUCAAACGCCGGCUCUUGGAGUUUUGUGAUUGCGGGACUGUAAAUAUUUUAAAUAUUUAAAAAAAAAAAAAUGAAAAAAAAAAAAAAACAUUGGCGAAAAUGGCUUAAACCCCAGGAGAGUUGCCCCUUUUUAUUUUCAACCUUGGAACUGACUCCGGAAAUCUUCACGGGGACGAGACGAGCGGAAAAGAACAUCAGCGUAAAUGUUUGUGAUGUAAAUAUUGAAGACUUUGGGCUGGCAGCUUUUGAGGGUUUGUUUUGCGGGCACUUCAAAUUUUCUUACUCAAAUAAAAAAAAAAAAAUCCAGAAAACUUGAAUAUAACAGUCAUAUUCUUUCUCUCUCUCUCUCUCUCUCUCUCUCUCUUUCACUCUCUUUCUCUCUCUGUCAUUUCAUCAUUUGUGUUCAUUGAUCUUGAGAUCAUGAGAAAAUCAUUUUGUGUAAAAAUAAAUGUCUCUAACCAAACUGAAA